GGGGAAUUUCCCGGGGGCGGACCCGCCGCCGCCUCCCCUUCUCCCCCAUCCCCGUUUUCCUCUGGUGCUGUGGCGGAGCGGUACCGGGAGCGGUGCCACCAGCAGCGGCCCGGGCUCGGGAGCGUGCGGGCAGGGAUGCCUGGCUGUGAGGCAGGCGACUGAACGGCGGGCAUGGAAGGGAGAAGACCCUACCACAUCUAUGACCCUGGUGGGGGCUCAGAGGAGGAUGGACCCACAGCCUUCGAGAGGCUGGUGGAGGAGAACACCCGGCUGAAGGAGAAGAUGCAGGGGAUCAAGUCAAUCGGAGAACUGCUGGAGGAGUCCCAGGUGGAGGCAUCCAAGCUGCGGCAGAAGGCAGAGGACCUCGUGAAGGACAACAAGAUGCUGGUGACAUCUUCCUUGGAGGACUUGCUAGAAACAGAAGCUGUCGACCCUGAUCCCAGCUCCACACAGGCUGCCCCAGGCAGUGCCCAGCCGGACACGGAAGCACGGAAAUCUCCUCCAAGUGGAUCCUCCUCAGAGUUCGAGAUUGUCCCAGUGGAGGUGCAGGGGUUUCCCCAGGAGAGCAGCAGAGCGGACUUGGAGCAGCCGCUGAAUGAGGAUGCCAACCUGCUGCCCCAGCUGCAGCAGCUGGAGAACACACUGAGUGGCUGUGCCCAGGAGGCCAGCAAGGACCAAGUCUUCGUGCGCAUGGGCUACAUGGCCUCAGAGCUCAAGCGCCUGGCCUCCAAGGUGCACAAGAAUGAGCAGAGAACUUCGUUCCUGCAGACGCUGUGUGAGACGCUGCACAGUGAGAACAAGGAGCUGCGAACGAAGCUGGAGCGAGACCUUGAGCAGAGAAAUCAGGCACUGGAGAAGCUCAGAUGUGAGAACCAGGAGCUCCGGAGGAUGGUGACGCUUAGCAGCCAGGACAGUGGGAAGAGGGAAGCUGCCGAGCAGCAGCAGCAGAGCGGGGCCACGGCGGAGAAGGCGCCGGGCAGAGGAGAGCUGGAGGCCAAGGAGAAGAAGGUGAAGAUCCUGGAGCACCAGCGCAGGGAGCUGCUGGAGGUGAAUAAGCAAUGGGAUCAGCACUUCCGAGCCAUGAAGCAGAAGUAUGAGCAGAAGGUGACAGACCUGCACCAGGAGCUGGCUGAGGCCCGCAGGGCACUGACUGAGUUGGAGUCAGAGCGAGAGCAAAAGCAGAGGGAUUUUGACCGCAAGCUGCUCCUGGCCAAGUCCCGGAUCGAAACAGAGGAGGCAGAGAAGGAGAGGCUGGCCAUGGAGGUGAGGGACCUGCAGCAGAGGAUGCGAUUCCUGCAGGAGCAGCUGGCGCCGGUCACCAGACAGCGGGAAUAUCAGGAAAAGGAGAUCCAGAGGCUGAACAAGGCACUAGAGGAGGCCUUGAAUGUCCAGGCCUCUCCGCCACCCAUCUUUGCCAAUGCCAUGGAUGCAGCAGGGAAUAAUCUGCAGCAGGAGUUGCUGACACAGAACGAGCUGCUCAAGCAGCAGGUGAAAAUUUUUGAGGAGGACUUCCAGCGGGAGCGAAGUGACAGGGAGAGGAUGAAUGAGGAGAAGGAAGAGCUGAAGCAGCAUCUGGAAAAGCUGCAAAAGCAGUUGCUCCUCUCCAACAGCCAGUUGCGAGCCUCCAAGGAUGACUGCCAGAGGGAGAAGGAGGAGAAGGAGAAGCUGAAGAAGCUGCUGAAACAGCACAAACAGGCUUCUGGAGAGAGGCUGCACCCUGAACCGGUGCCAGGGCCGCUGGGUCCUGCCUGCCCCAUGUACCAGUACCAGUACAGUCCCCCCGUGGCUCACCCCAUGUACCACGGCUUUGAGGAGUGGCAGCAGAUCCGGUACCCGCCAGCGAUGCAGGGCGAGCACACCCCAGCACAAAACUUCCACCACUUUGCCCCGCCCGAGUACCCGUGGCGCCCUCCCUGUGCCAUGGCUCGCAGCCACAAUGCCCCUGCCCUGCCGGCGGUGAAGCCAGGCCCCAAGGACCUGGACCAGGCAGGUCCCGGAUUGCCCUAAGGCUGAGGCCCGGCUGUGCAGCGCUGCCAGCAGAAGAGGAGCAGGGUGUGUGUGUGUGCCCGUGUGUGUGUAUCUAGGAGGUGCCUCUGCUGCUUGUCCCUGUGCACGGACAGGCACUGGGCACAGCCUUCCCCGGGGCCUACAGCGGCUCAGCACAGUGUUCCUGACACCAAUGAGUGAAAGAGGGACCGGAGGCACCGUGGUGGUGGUGGCCACUGCAGCGUCAGUCCCCUGCAGCCCUCCCCUGCCCCACGUGGCCUCAGGCCUGGCACUGCCGUAGACCCCUGCCAGGUCUUCAGGGAAGAGGAGGCGGUGUUUGCCAGGAGCUGCGCCGGUCCCACAGCUUCGUUUCGACGCCGGGAGGAGCGGGUGCUGGCGAGGCCCUGCCGUGGUGGGAGAGGCUGCGCUGGCAGGCGGGUGCCUGCUGCAGCUACGGCCCCAGUGCCGUGGGCAGCUGUCUUUGUAUUUAUUUAAUGACUAAAGUGUA